UAUUCUUCAAGCCUUCUCCCCCCUUCUCUAGCAUAGCAGCAGCCAGUCAGCAGGAGUACUCCCUCGCUGCCAUCAUCACGAGCUAGCUCGAUUAAGCACAGAUAGUGCAUCAAUGGCGUCCACCGCCCAGCUUCUCGGCCACCUCGCCGGCUCCACCACCACAGCCAGCCUUAGCGUCACGCCUGUGGGCGGCGGCAGCAGCAAGGUCAGGUUCCUGCCGGCGAAGGCGCAGAGGCGGCGCGUGGUGGCGCGGCCGCGGGCGGCGGUGUCCGGCGCGGAGAAGGAGAAGGCCAAGCCGGCCGGCAAGGAGGACGAGCGCGUGGUGCAGGUGCACAGCGCGGAGGAGUUCGACAGCGCGCUCCAGAAGGCCAAGAACCGGCUGGUGGUGGUGGAGUUCGCGGCGAGCCACAGCGUGAACAGCAAGCGCAUCUACCCGUGCAUGGUGGACCUCAGCCGCACCUGCGGCGACGUCGACUUCCUCCUGGUCAUGGGCGACGAGUCGGAGGCCACGCGGGAGCUCUGCAAGCGGGAGGGCAUCACCCAGGUGCCGCACUUCUCCUUCUACAAGGGCACCGAGAAGGUGCACGAGGAGGAGGGCAUCGGCCCCGACCAGCUCGCCGGCGACGUGCUCUAUUACGGCGACAACCACGCCGGCGUCGUGCAGCUGCACAGCCGGACGGACGUGGAGGCGCUCAUGGCAGAGAACAGCGGCGAGGACGGGAAGCUGUUGGUGCUGGACGUCGGGCUCAAGCACUGCGGGCCCUGCGUCAAGGUCUACCCCACCGUCGUCAAGCUCUCCCGCUCCAUGGCCGACACCGCCGUCUUCGCGCGCAUGAACGGCGACGAGAACGACGCAUGCAUGCAGUUCCUCAAGGACAUGGAGGUCGUCGAGGUGCCUACCUUCCUCUUCAUCAGGGACAAGAAAAUCGUCGGCCGCUACGUCGGCUCCGGCAAGGGGGAGCUCAUCGGCGAGAUCCUCCGGUACCAGGGCGUCAGGGUCACAUACUAAACCAGCAAGCCACCAGCAAUGCUUUAUGUACGUAGUACAACAACGAUACUUGUGAAUUCGGCCAAACGAAAGGAGUGCAGAUAGAAUUACUCCUGUUUACUGCAUGCAUGCGGCAUCAAUCGAUGCUAUACAUAGGUUCAUAUUUAGACAUUUUUAUGCUCUUAAUUAUCUGGUAUUGGGCGCCAAUCACAUACGGUUAUAGCAGUAAUAGAAUUUUGGAGUGCAAAUUGUAAUAAGUUUAUAAUGGUUUUAUUGUGAUAUUAUCAUA